AUGGUUGCCGCUUUUGAUAUCCUUCCCCCAGAAUUGGUCUUGAUGAUCAUCGAAGAAUUCGAAGAGAGUCAGGAGAUACUCUCUUUCAUGAUGUGCUGCCGUCGCUUGCAUGCCAUCGCUGAGCGGUUUCUUUACAAAACUAUCAAGCUCCAAGAAAUUGUCUCAAGGGCUGGUAUGCUGUCCCUGCUACAGACGAUCCUGCAGCGGCCCAUUCUAGCUACCUACACAAAGACGUUAGAGCUGACACUUUGGGAAUAUCCAAAUGCAUUAUCAAACAUGCUGCACUCACCAAGGCGGGUUACAUCCCGCCCAAUCCUCAAUUCUCAAUAUAAAUUGGUGGAGCAGAAGGUCAAAUUCGUUAGCAAAUCUAGGGAAGAUGAAUGGAAGUGGCUUGAUGAUAUAAGCCUCGGCCAAGUUGAUGCCUUUUUGGGUUUGAUUCUUAUUUCAAUGCCUAAUCUAGAGAGGUUAUAUAUAACUCACUAUCCGCAAAAGUCAAGUUAUUUCUUUGAAAUGAUUCGUCGGGUAGCUGAUCGCGAACCCCCCUUCGAUGUCUCCCCUACCUUAACACGACUAUCCUACGUUCAUUUCUCGCCAUUUUCUAUGGGUCGUGUCAGAAUUGGAUUCUUGUCACGUUUUCUCCAGCUUCCGGCUAUAGAGGCGCUCACCACUUUGGGUAUAGAUGAAGAGGUCUCUGAUAUAUCUGUACGUGUGAGUUCUCAUAUUAAGAAUUUUGAAAUUAUAAAUAGCAGCUGUACUCAAAGCAUUGGCCCAUUGCUUGAAGGCUGCAAGAAGCUGAAAUCCUUUAAAUAUACGCACGGGAACUAUUUUCAUUCACGACCUGUCCAUAUCAACCUCUGGGAAUCACUUCGAGCCACAAGACAUACCUUAGAAAGUUUGUGGUUGGACUGGGACGCAUUGUCAGAUACACCGGAGCAUCUUUGGCCUCUAUUUCCAAUGUCAUUUGACCACUUUCCUAUGCUCAAGAUACUUACUCUGCCAGCACCCCAGAUUUUUGGCCGGCGACAAACUUACUUGCACCCGCUCACUGCUAUCCUGCCGAAAACACUGGAAACUUUGUGUAUCAUGAAAAUUCGUAUUGACGCUAUAGAAAGCAUUAUACCAGAGCUAUUGCACAUUGUGACAUCGUCUGCCACCAUAGUACCAUGCUUGAAAAGAAUCAAAUUGAGCGGCAUAGUUGGUCCAGCGUACGAGUCCCGUGCCUAUUGGGCUGAAAUGAGGGUCAAAGAUAUCUUCUUUCCGAAAAUGAUACGUCAAUUAGAGGUCAUGAAGGGCCCUUGUCAAGAAGCAGGAGUAAUACUCGAAUUUUCGAUGCCGGAGUGGAAAAGUGCAGCUCGGUUGGUAUAA